AUGACAGAUGUGGUCUCUACCCCUCGGCCACGGCGGUCAACUUCUUCCUCCGGGGGAAACUCUGCCCACUCGGCCAUGGAACGAAGAACAAGCAUUGGGACGGACGAAGGACCAGACUCUGUAGGCUCUGCCGGCAGUCGAGCGAGCAGAAAGCGCGCUGUUUCCAUCGACAUUGAGGAGGCCAACAGUUCCAGAGGGAGAGAGUUCAGCUUGGAGACUGGACCAAUGGGGGGCGAGGGCGGCAAGGACUACAUAUGUCUCUGCACGCCUGCCCUCAAGGUUCCAAGGCCUCGCAACGCCUUCAUCUUAUACAGACAGCACCAUCAAGCACAGGUUAUUGCUCAACAUCCGGGUCUUUCCAACCCAGAGAUAUCCAAAAUCAUAGGAGAGCAGUGGAGGAUACAGUCUGAGGACGUCAAGGAAAGUUGGAAGAAACUUGCAGAAGAAGAGAAAAUUCGACAUCAGCGGCAAUACCCGGACUACCGGUAUCAACCUCGACGUGGUGGUAGACCAGGAAGUCGACCGAGCCCCUCGUCCGGGGCCGAUUCAGGACGGUGUCCCAAGUGCGGAGGCAGGUUCAUCGCAACACCGAGAACGCCAUCAACGCCGUGCGGGACGCCGACGGCGGCAAAAUCCAGCAUGAGUCCCCACCACCCGAGGGAUGCCCGUGGUGGUGACAGCGACCACCUGCGGCACGCCUUGUCCGGCACGAAACAACAGUACCAGUAUCAAUCCAGCGGCUUGCGAGACGCCGAGGACGACUAUGAGCCCAUGUCGCCGUCCCCUGAGCUUAAACGGCGCCGAUUCAACGGAAUGGGUCAUUACCAGGCAGUCCCGUCGCCAGGGCCGUACACGGGCCAUCCGCUGUCGAGGCAGCCCAGGUCGUCGCUGAGCAUGCCCCCCACGCCGCCAGUUGCUGGCUACGGCCCUUUGCCCGGUCCAUCAUCACUUGCGAGAACCGGACACGGGAACAUGGCGCCGCCUCCGCGACCACAUCACCCCGCCUACACAGGACCGAGCCGUGGUCCCGGUUUCGACGAGAGUCUUCGCCUACCACCGUUGCAAACCCAGACAUCUCCACCGCUCAACCGAGACAACGACGCAAACGACCGCCCGGGCGCCCACCCUGCCGCCGGCCUGGGCAUCACGAACCCGCGGGAUAGCUAUGCCCAGAGCCUCGAGGCCAUGAUCAUGACGAUCCCUUUUCUGAGCAAGCUGAAGGUGCUGCAGAAGAUCAGCCCGACUCUGGCCCCGCCAGGCCCGAUCAGCCCGGACAUUGAGAUUCGCGGGGCUGUAAUUGCCGUCGAGGGAGCCGAUUCGCGGCAGUUGGAACAGGUGGGCAUGGCGGUUCACCGAUCCCUGCUCGGCCUGGGCGAGAUCGACUUGAAGACGUGGACCGACGGACCAAUCACGCCCGUGUCCAUCCUGCCAGCCGAAGAAGACGCAAAGAUGAACGACACGGCGUCUGUCGGGAGCAGCAGAAAGAGUAGCCACUCGCAAUCCAGCCCGCAGACCUCGGAGCUGUUCUCCAACUACAUGCAGACCAUGAUGAAGUGGCACGAGAAGUCGCGCGAGAUUGUCAGGCACGUCUCAACGAGACAGGGUCUUGGGGCGGACGUGCCGCCGCUUGCAAGACGAGCAUCGGACGGAGAGAUGGUCGGGUCUAGACACAGCUCGGUAUCGGCGGCGGGCAAGACGCCGAUCGCGCUGCUUCCCGCGGGGUUCAGCUUGACUAUUUCGGACAAGUACGCCUGCAUGAUACCCAUUGCCGAUUCGUACGCCCCGGUCGAUCACUGGCAGUGGAUGUCGACUCUGUGGAGGGGAAUCGUCGGACCGGACCUCGUCAUCUACGUCAAGUCGGUGGCCGAGGACGAGGUAACUCGCGGAGGUGCCGUCGAGUUCAGAGGUUCCGGGGUGAUGGUCGUCAGGAUUGCGCAUAAUAAAUCGCUGGACGAGAAGACUGAGCGGCGCAUCUCUUUUGAGGUGGUGGAGUGGAUUCGAGGCGGUAGCUAUCAGGAGGGGUUCGGACGAGGGCUGAUGUGA